UAACGAUCCUAAAUACAAAAUUUCCAAACCUCUCCCAUCUCAUCCUUCUCUCAAUUCAUCCUUUCUUUCAUUGCCAUCAGGACCCCAUUGGCCUGUCUUCAUUAAUACCUUCUGCACAUAAUCACCUUUCACAAUGCUGUCAUCAAGAUUGUCGCGGAGCAUACUGCCCCGAGCUCAGUCAUCUCUUCGCACAUCUGCCGUGAGGGCGCCAUUGGCUGCGCAAUUCAGAAGGGGAUACGCCGAUGAGAAGGUCAAGGGCCAUGUCAUCGGUAUCGAUCUGGGUACUACCAACUCCGCCGUUGCGGUGAUGGAGGGAAAGCAGCCACGCAUAAUAGAAAACGCUGAGGGUACGAGGACGACACCAUCAGUCGUUGCCUUUACCAAGGACGGCGAGCGUCUGGUCGGUAUUGCGGCGAAGCGUCAAGCCGUCGUCAACCCAGAGAACACUCUCUUUGCCACAAAGCGUCUCAUUGGCCGCAAAUUCACUGACGCUGAGGUUCAACGUGACAUCAAGGAGGUUCCAUACAAGAUCGUUCAGCACACGAAUGGUGAUGCGUGGGUAGAGGCUCAAGGACAGAAAUACUCUCCAUCGCAGAUUGGUGGUUUCAUUCUCGGCAAGAUGAGGGAGACUGCUGAGGCAUACCUGGGCAAGAAAGUGGAGAACGCUGUCGUCACCGUGCCGGCCUAUUUCAACGAUGCCCAGCGUCAAGCAACCAAGGACGCGGGUCAGAUUACUGGUCUGAAUGUUCUCCGUGUCAUUAACGAACCUACUGCCGCUGCUCUGGCCUACGGUUUGGAUAAAGAGCAAGACCGUGUCGUCGCUGUCUACGAUCUUGGUGGUGGUACCUUUGAUAUUUCCGUCCUUGAAAUCCAGAAGGGCGUCUUCGAGGUCAAGUCAACGAACGGUGAUACCCACCUUGGUGGUGAAGAUUUCGAUAUUGCCCUCGUCCGACACCUGGUUCAGCAAUUCAAGAAGGAGUCUGGCAUUGAUCUGUCUAACGACCGCAUGGCCAUUCAGCGUAUCCGCGAGGCUGCCGAGAAGGCAAAGAUUGAGCUCUCCUCUUCAGGCCAGACGGAGAUCAACCUGCCUUUCAUUACUGCUGACGCGUCCGGACCAAAGCACAUCAACCAGAAGAUGACCCGAUCCCAGUUAGAGGGCCUUGUCGGUCCUCUUGUUGAGAGAACCAUCGAGCCUGUUCGCAAAGCGCUGAAGGAUGCUGGCCUGCAAGCUAAAGACAUUCAGGAGGUUAUUCUCGUUGGUGGUAUGACCCGUAUGCCCAAGGUUAUCGAAACCGUAAAGAACAUCUUCGGGCGUGAACCUGCCAAGUCCGUCAAUCCAGACGAAGCCGUCGCCAUCGGUGCCGCCAUCCAGGGUGCCGUCCUCGCUGGUGAGGUCAUGGAUGUUCUACUUCUUGACGUUACUCCUCUAUCCCUUGGUAUCGAGACUCUCGGUGGUGUCUUCACCCGUCUCAUCAACCGCAACACAACCAUCCCCACCAAGAAGUCCCAAAUCUUCUCCACGGCUGCUGAUUUCCAGUCUGCUGUCGAAAUCAAGGUUUACCAGGGUGAGCGUGAACUCGUCCGUGACAACAAGCUCCUUGGUAACUUCCAGUUGACUGGCAUCCCGCCUGCGCACCGUGGUGUACCCCAGAUCGAAGUUACCUUCGAUAUUGACGCUGAUUCCAUCGUGCACGUCCACGCUAAGGACAAGGCUACCAACAAGGACCAGUCUAUUACCAUUGCCUCCGGCUCUGGUCUUUCGGAUGCUGAGAUCGAGGCCAUGGUUCAGGACGCUGAGAAGUAUCAGGCUCAGGACAAGGAGCGCAAGGAGGCUAUCGAGGCCGCAAACCGUGCCGACAGCGUGCUCAAUGACACUGAGAAGGCUCUCAAGGAGUACGAGGACCGCCUCGACAAGGCUGAGAGCGAGAAGAUCAAGGAGAAGAUCGCCGGCUUGAGAGAGGUCGUGUCCAAGGCCCAAUCAGGCGAGGGCAGCACUACUGCUGCCGAGCUCAAGGAGAAGACUGAUGAGCUGCAGAACGCCUCGCUUUCACUCUUCGAUGCACUACACAAGGCUCGCGCCGAGCAGAGCAGCCAGUCUAGCGAACAACAGCAGCCUGGCGCUGAGGGCGAGAAGAAGCCAUAAGCGACAAGCACUAGCUUGACUGGUUUUCUUGUGCAGCCAGCUCACUCCUUUGCCCUUUUAUCUAUCUAUUCCGGUAUAAAAGCUUUUCCGCUUUUUCGAUUCUCCGCUACUAUUACCCCGGCUAUUUAGCUUGUACUUUUGAUAGAAUUUGCUGCUUAGUUUGCUCCGUUUGGCGCGAACAACAAUUUUUGGAACGGACGGGGUGUGUUCACAUAUUACAUAGUACCGGCGAGUGGCGUACUACCUACUACUUGGGUGUGGCGGAAACUUCUUUCACGCGGUUUGUGGGCUGGGAAAGGGCAAAGGAACCACCAAAAAUCAUCUUUUCUAUUCUCUUCUUGUUGUAGUAAACUGUGGUUGUGUCACAUUUACUGCUGGCUCUACUUCGUGGGGUUUGCAGAUAUCUCGAUGUGUAUUAUAUACGGCAUAACUCGCAGGAUGUGACGCGAGAUGAAAGAAAUGUAGUCUCCUCUCAAGAAAAUUAGAUCCAUUAUCACAAAUAGUUCUCGUAUAGGGGUAUGGAGUGUUGCAAACGUGGAGACGGAGCUAACAUCUGAAGAAAACUACAAAUGGCUUGCAUACAGCUGCGUCUUCGCGUCUCUCAAAGUAGUUGAAGUGGGGCAGCGAAUUCGAGCUUGAAGUUUUCGUAUAGGCAGCCUCGAUUCAUUGUACGAUGUGCAGUCAUGUGCGAGGUGUAGCACAAGAGAAACAUACAC